GCCAGUCGACGCCCAGCCGCAGCAGCAGCAGCAGCCGGCGACGCUCCGACGACGCUCGCCGCCGACCGCCGUCGCCAGUGCUCCGCGUGUGCUCGGGCCCCUGCGCCGAGGCAGAUGCAACCCGCAAGGCUCGAGACCAGCUGCGUCUUCAGAGUCACCGCGUCCUUGUUGGCAGACUGCACCUUUUAGCCGAUAGGAAGUGUGAGAAGUCCGCGCUGAACUCAGCGUGGACAACUCACUGCCAGUUCGCUUCUCUUGUAGAUAGUGACUAUGAUCUAAAACCGUGACACCGCAACGAUAGUGUAUACAGUCGAAGACACCGUCACAUAAUACUACACUUGUGCUUCGUGUACCAGUAACUGUACUACCACCUUAUCGGUCAUCGAGUUGUCCCUCCCAAUAAUAUAGUGAGCUCAUCUCCCACUCAGGGUGCCACGGCCGAGUGACUGCCGCGCUAAACGGCUGCGUCUAAUUGCCCGGCGGGAGAGUGCUCCGCUUAAUUGGCUCUGCGAACCCGACCGACGACCGUCGACGGUGAGGACCCUCGUCGGCGGCUGUGGUGUGGGCCGGCGGCGCCUUUGUGCCCUCCUGCAGGCGGCGGCGGCAGCGGCUAAUGGAGGCGCCGUGUCCUCCAGCAACAAGUUGACGGCGGCGGUACUCCGCUCUCGCCGACCCGCUGAGUGGUCCAGCUCGCCCUCCAAAGUGGGUUGUCUCCCUGUGACUGAUGCUCCAAUCUGGCGACUCUUCUGAUUCCGGCGGGUACCAUUACGGAGCCUCUGCGAGGCAAUAAGACGCUGUACUGCGUACUAAUUUCAUUUCAGUGCUAGUUAACAGUGCUAUACCGUCGAAACUGGAACUGACGGUGUGCCUGUUUGGGUUGCCUGUAAGUAUUAUUUGUGGAGGAAAAUCUUCUGUGCGAGUGUCGAGUAGAGAGGAAAUAUUACACUUUUAUUAGAACAGCGCUGACCUCGAAGCAGCGCUGGAUUCUUGAGCUCGGAACAGACGCUAUACUUGUGGAAGCACGUGAAAGCUGAAGGAAGUCUCUUCAUAAAAUCAACUAUACAGCAUUGUAAGUUUAAAGCAUGCGCAACAAGUGACUUUGCACCUUUACUUCGGUUCGUUGGUUUUGUAACUCGAAAGAAGAAAUCUGAUAGUGAUGGUGUGUUACGGAUUUAGUUCCUGUGGCACCUUUAUAUAGGUAAUCUCUUGCAGUUAAUAAAAAGUAGCACCAUACUUGCUGCUGUGUACUUGGCGAGAUAGUCUACUUAUGUCGGAUGAGAAGUCUUAAUGUUUUUUUUAAUUUACUGUGUAACAGUUUGCGGCUUGUGAACGAGUGGAAAGACUAGUAACAGUGCUUAUUUGGUAAUGGAGAGAUACGACGCUAGUGCUUUCGGAGGAGCACCCGCUUGCUGAAUACGAAUCUAGUUAAAGACGCUCUGAGGAUUGUAUAGAUCGAAGAGUCGCCGAAAAUAGUAUCGAAAAUACACAUUUCACAGAAGAUCCUUUUUGCUAAAGCUGCGAUGAACAAGUUUAUAUGUAGGUGAACAGUAUUUGUGUCGCUGAAUUACUCUUAAUAAUGUACCUUAAAUAAUAGAAAGUAGUUUUGACAUCUGUUUAGCCUGAAACGAGGUGCUAGUUGAGCAUAAAACUCCGCGUCUGUUAUGGUCACUAAAAUGUUUUAACCCUCGUUUUUACGCACAUAUAAGCAUAAGGUAGAUAGUAAAUGUCGCGCUUGAGGGUAUCGCGAAACUAAUAACAGUGGCACUGGUAGAUUACGUCAGUGAACAGCUGAUAGGCGUACGAUAAGCUGUGCCUGAGGGCCGUACACUGUGCUCAAUGGAAGAAAGUGUCAGGAAAGCCGGUUAUCUGUAGAGCGUGGGCGGCGUCGUAAGGGCUCCGAUAGGACGCGGCGCUUGUCAUUACUGCUCGAGCGUGGUCACCAGUGGCGUCGUCGCGUCGUGCCUUGUCAGUGGGCUCGUAAGGAGCAUGAGCGGGCGUUAACCGCCGGGCCAGAGCGGGCAGAUUACGGCAGGAAGGCCAUGGAGCGGCGGGCGGCCGACUCGCGAUAAGGCCGGCCGCGGAGCGGGCGUCAGUGCAGCGAGCGUCUGGGCACAGUAGCAGCGCGCGGGCCGCCAUGUACGAGAAGUGCGCCAACUACACGGCCGGCGGGCCCGUCUCGCUGGUGGAGGCGGCGCUGCUGGAGACGCUGUGCCGCAACGUGUCGAGCUCGGCUGCGGAGGCGGCGGAGGCGGAGGCGGCCGCGGAGGCGGCGGCCGGAGACUGGGCGGCCAGCUCGGUGCUGCAGCGCGCCGUCGCCGUCGUCGUGCCGCUGCUCUUCGGCCUGAUCGUGCUGCUCGGGCUCGUCGGCAACGCGCUCGUCGUGCUCGUCGUGGCCGCCAACCAGCAGAUGCGCUCCACCACGAACCUGCUCAUCAUCAACCUCGCCUCCGCCGACCUGCUCUUCAUCGUCUUCUGCGUGCCCUCCACCGCCACAGACUACCUGCUGCCCUUCUGGCCCUUCGGAGACGCCUGGUGCAAGGUGGUGCAGUACCUGAUCGUGGUGACGUGCUACGCGAGCGUGUACACGCUGGUGCUGAUGUCGUUCGACCGCUACCUGGCCGUGGUGCACCCCGUGUCGUCCAUGGGCCUACGGACCCAGCGGCACGCGCUGUCCGCCAUCGCCGUCACCUGGGUCGUCAUCCUGGCGGCGUGCGCGCCCGUCUACACCAGCCACGGCGUCGUCGGCUACGACUUCGAGAAGAUACACCACACCGCCUGCGUCUUCCUAGAGGCCACGCACAACAAGCCCGCCUUCCAGGUAAGACACCAGGCAUACUCGACGAGACAUUCGGCUAUUGUGGAGUGGCGACUUCCAGUUAUUUUCAGGUAUAUCGAUAAUCGAUAGAACCAGUAAAUGAUGGGACAUAACGGCCACUAAUGAAUCCCUUCAGCUGACAAUUACAUUGCCACGAGUCAAAGCGAGGGACAAUUAGACACGGAAAUAUUUCGUGAGCGCUGCUUGACAGGAAAGAUUAGUGAGAAUGUGAGGUGUAACCUUUCUCUACCCCCACCUCCCCCCACAUACACAAAAAGAAUUUCGACUUCACACUGCCGAUUUUGUCUGUUUCUGUGAACAUCUGAGAGAUUAUUCGAGCCAUGAACUGUUUCGAGAUGAUAAAUAUCUCAUAAGUUUUUUGAAAAAGAGAAGAAAAUAAAAGGAAAAUAACCGAAAAGAAAUCUG